AUGAAAGGAAAGUUUGGAACACCAGGAAGUUACUUUGUGUUAAACACAGGAGAUAAAAUUCCAGCCAUUGGACUCGGGACAUGGCAGAGUGGAGGAGAUCUUUGUGUUCAAGCCGUAAAAACGGCAUUAUCAGUAGGCUACCGUCACAUAGAUUGUGCACAUCUUUAUGGUAACGAGAUCGAAGUUGGGGAAGCUUUAGCUGAAGCAUUUAAGGGUUCACUGAAGAGGGAAGACGUUUUCUUGACUUCUAAACUCUACUGUACAAUGAAUUCUCUCAAUAAAAUUGAGAAUUAUGUUAGAGUUUCUCUUAAGAACCUUGGAGUUUCGUAUUUGGAUCUGUAUUUGAUGCAUUGGCCUGACAGCUCAGCGUUUGGUGAUGCCACUGAUCCUCCUUCAAAGUCUGGGAGCGAGUAUAGGCAAUUCUUGAAUCGGUUGAAGAAAGCAUGGAAAGCUAUGGAAGGUCUGGUUGAGUUGGGUCUGGUUAGAGCUAUUGGGGUCAGCAAUUUCAGUGUUCCGCAAAUCAAACAACUGCUCAAGUUUGCAAAAAUUGUACCUGCAGUCAAUCAGGUGGAGUUGCACCCCUUUUGGAGGCAAGAUGAACUUGUAAAGUUCUGUCAAUUGAAAGGUAUCCAUGUAUCUGCUCACACACCCUUAGGAGUCCCAACCUCGACUCCUGGACCAUCUGAUAGCAGUUCAGGUGGGGAAGAUGAACCUGGAACUCCUCGCAUAUCAUUCAGGAGGUCAAAGUCUGUGCAUGGGCCUAUGCUAAAAUUAUCAACAGUUGCAGAGAUAGCAGACAGACACAGAAAAACACCUGAGCAGGUUAUUUUGCGUUGGGGGCUGCAAAGAGGAACCAGUGUGCUCCCGUGUAGCCUGAAGCCUGAUAGGAUAAGGAAAAACAUAGACAUUUUCAGUUGGUCUCUGUCAGAUGAUGAGUGGAACCGGUUGAACCAGAUUGAACCACAGGUGUGCCUAUUUGGAAAUGGUCCUUUGAAUAAUCUUUCAGAGAGUGGCUUUGUGUCUGGAAGUGGUCCACUUCAAGCUGUGCGUGAGAUGGAAGAUGACAUGGAAUCCAAUGCCUGA